AUGAUAAUUUUAGGUUUAGCAACAUUAAUUGGUGGUAUAUACAGAUUUUUUGUAAUUUAUGCUCGUUUGAAAGACACUCAGUUCACACCGUUACAAUGCAUGCUGUUACCGCAGUCUUGGCUAUGGCGAUGGUCUGAUACGGCAACAGCAAUGAUGCUUUUGGUUCUAUCGUUGGAUCGUUUAGUGUCUAUUUUACUGCCGCUUAAAUACCUUCAUUUCGGUGAAUGUUAUAUGCGAAUGAUGAUUGGAACUCCUUAUAUCAUAUCAUUAUUUUUUGCAAUUGCUGCUUGGCAUUAUCCAAUAUAUAAAGAAGGAACAUUGUCAAUGAUGUGUAUGACUCGAGAAUUUAUUUCACCAGAAUUUUAUCAAUAUUCUAAAUAUACAAGUAGUGUGGCAUCGGCGCUUAGUGUUAUUGUCUAUAUUCCUUUGUUGAUUGCUAUGAGAUCACAGCUGAAAUAUAUUUCUGAAAAAAUUAGUUAUACUCAGAUUGAUCGUAAAAGAAAGGCUCAAUUGAGAGUUACUGCAACAAUUGCCUUAUCCAGUUUUUCAACUUUAUUUUUAGAUGCUUUACCACGGGCUGUCGGAAUGUAUGGAAUGGUGGAGGAAAUGAAAUCAGAAAAUCCGACAUGUGACAGCCUAUUCAUGUAUUUAUUUCUUCUCAGUAAAGUUAACUCAAUGAUCAAUUUAGUGCUAUAUUAUUCAAGACAUCGAACUAUGCGUCUUGCAAUUCAACGUCUUUGGCAUUGUAACAAAAAUAUUCGGUAA